UUUAGUCAAAACGUAACGUUAGACCUAAUUUCCCCAUUUUCCUUAUGAAACGAGCUCCAAAUGAACGCUGUUAAUGGCGGAAACGAAGCAGAAGCCGAUCCACCUCAAUCCAUCCGCAUUCAAUGAAUGGCAAAACUUCUCCGUUUCAGAAACCUUCUCCUCUCUCACCCCUCCAAGCCAUUCUCCUAUGCAUCCUUCUCUCCCUAUUCAGAAAUCAACGCUUCUCAUUGCACAAACGGGAACCACAAUUUGUCCGCCGCCAUCACAAGCAGAGCUCUUUACUUGCUCCAAUGCUGCAAAACCUCAUUCCAUCUAUUCCAACUCCAAUCCCACUUGAUAACUUCCGGGCUCUUCCGAGACCCCUCUUUCGCCGGCCGCCUCUUGAAGCUGUCGUCGGCUUUGAUCAACGAUUUUUGCUACACGUUGUUGAUUUUCAAGCGCGUUGAAUCUCCUGAUGCGUUCUGUGUCAACACUGUCAUCAAGAAAUAUUCUUGCAGCAGCUAUCAUGCAGAAGCCGUGGUCUUCUACGUCGAGAUGCUGAGAGGCGGUGUGUUUUACCCCAAUUCGUUCACGUUUCCGCCAUUGAUUAGUGCUUGCGCUAAAUUGGGUUGUUUGAGCUCGGGGCGGAUGUGCCAUGGCCACGCAGUGAAGUUGGGAGUGGACAGUGUUUUACCGGUGCAGAAUUCGUUGCUUCAUUUCUAUGCUUGCUGUGGGGUUAUGGAUGUUGCUCAUAAAGUGUUUGUCGAAAUGCUUGUGAGAGACUUGGUCUCGUGGAACACGAUGGUGGAUGGUUUUGCCAAGGCUGGUGAAAUGGGAUUAGCGCAUAAGCUGUUCGACGAAAUGCCUGAAAAGAAUGUGGUCUCGUGGAAUGUCGUGAUCACCGGGUAUUUGAAUUUCCGAAAUCCGGGGAAUGCGUUGAAGUUGUUCAGAGAAAUGAUGGGGCAAUGCUGUGAGAGCAAUGAUACUACCAUGGUGCAAGUGAUCACAGCUUGUGGGAGGUCUAAUAGAUUGAAGGAAGGAAGAUCUGUUCACGGGUUUCUCAUUAGGUCGUUUUUGAGAUUGAGUUUGAUUAUAGAUACUGCUAUGAUUGAUAUGUAUAGCAAAUGUGGUAGGGUGGAUGUAGCUCAGUUGAUUUUUGGGAGGAUGCCGAGGAAGAACUCUGUUUCUUGGAAUGCAAUGAUUUUGGGACACUGCAUUCACGGCAAUCCAGUCGAGGGGCUUAGUCUAUACGAAGAAAUGCUUAGGCGAAAGGAUAGUUUAGGCGCAGCAGAGGAAGGGAAGUGGAUUCUCCCCGAUGAACUUACCUUCGUUGGAGUUUUGUGCGCUUGUGCGCGCCUUGGGUUGUUGGAAGAGGGGAGAAAUCACUUCUCCGAGAUGAGGGACGAGUUGGGCAUCAAACCGAAUUUUGGUCACUACUGGUGCUUGGCUAAUCUGAUGGCUAAUGUAGGUCUAAUGCAGGAGGCAGUGAGCAUAUUGAAGAACAUUCCGAUUGAUGAGGGGAUGUCUUCACUGUGGGCGGGGCUGUUUGGUUCGUGUCGUUUUGAAGGGGACGUGAUGUUGGGAGAGCGAAUAGCGAAAGACUUGAUCGAACAAGAUCCUCACAACUUCUCCCAUUACAAUCUGCUGGUUAACGUUUAUGCUGCAGCAGGAAAGUGGGAACAUGUUGCUACGACUAAGGAAACCAUGAAAGAGAGGGGAAUUCGAAAGGCGCCUUGUUGCAGUCUUAAGGGCUUGAAAGAAAUAGUUAGCAGUCUUGAAAUGUAGUUGAUUGUGUAAAACUUUGAGAUUUUUUGGGUGACAGAAUGAUGAUGAAGAAGCCAAGAUUUGGUAACUCAUAUUAUUGAAGGUUGAA